UGCUCAGCAGGUAAAGACGCGGGCAUUCUGGACGGGUCCUUUGUUUCGAGUCGGAUCGGUAGAACCAGGAGACGAAACCAGGAAGCGGCGAACUGGAUUGGGAGAAUAUUAGAGGAGGAGCAUUUGCAGAUGAGAAAGUCAAACCAAACAUUAUGUCAAGAUCUGACAGCAUCAUUAAAUUCAUCAGGACCUAAAUGUCAUCAGCUUUUGAAUAUGGAAGGCAAAACGUUUGCCUGUUCUAUCUGUGGGAAAAGAUUUCAAACAUCAAUGUGACUGGAAAAGCAUUGCAACGCGCACACUCGAGUGAGAUUUUCCAGUGCACUAACUGUGGAAAGGGCUUUAACCAGUUACAUUACCUGAAAAAAAUAUUGCACUAUUCACAGCAGGGAGAAACCAUACAUGUGUUCUCUGUGUGUGGACCACGCUUUAACUAAUCGUCCAACCUGGAGAGACACAAGAACACCCACACCAUGGAUAAACCGUGGAAAUGUGGGAACUGUGGAAAGGGAUUCAAUUACCCAUCUAAACUAGAAAUGCAUCAACGCCACCAUACUGGGGAGUGGCCGUUCACCUGUUCCAUGUGUGGCAAGGGCUUCAAUUACCCAUCUGAGCUGAGAAAUCAUCGACGCAGCCACACUGGGGAGAAGCCGUUCACCUGCUCCGUGUGUGGGAAGGGAUUUGCUCAGUCUUCCAUCCUCCAGACACAUCAGCGAGUUCACACUGAUGAGAGACCCUUCAGCUGUACUCACUGUGGGAAGGGCUUCAGGCAGUCACCGCACCUGAUCGCACACCAACGUGUUCACACUGGGGAGAGGCCAUUCACCUGCUCUGUUUGUGGGAAGAGAUUCACUCACUUAUCGCACUUGUUAACACACCAGCGCAUUCACACUGGGGAGCAUCCAUUCACCUGCUCUGUGUGUAGGAAGGGAUUCAUUCGUUCAUCCGAGCUUCUGACACACCAGCGAGUUCACACUGAGGAGAGGCCAUUUAUCUGCUCCGUGUGUGAGAAGGGAUUUAAUCGAUUUUCUAACUUGCAGACACACCAUCGGGUUCACAUGAGACUACAGGGGUUUGAUUCUUCUCUCACUGCUACUGUUAAUCAUACCCAGGACUGAACCAUGUUCAUUUAGACAAAGGGUCCCCCUUGUCCUCACUUUUUACCCCACCAGCCUCCGCAUUCAAAGGAUCAUCCUCCUCUAUUUCCACCAACUCCAGCAUGAUGCCACGACCAAACACAUUGUCCCCUCACCCCCACAUCAGCAUUCCAUAGGGAUUGGUCCCUCCGGGACCACUUGGUCCACUCCUCCAUCAUACCCAACACCUCAUCACCUUCCCACCAUGCCUUCCCAUGCAAUCGCAGCAGGUGCAACACUUGCCCCUUUACCUCCGCCCUCCUCAUCGUCCAAGGGCCCAAACACUCCUUUUGAGUGAAGCAG